UCUGUGCCUUCUUCUCUUGUUAUUGAGAACAUAAUCUUCUUCUCUAAUCUCCUCUUCUCUUCUCCAGAGCCACCUUAUCUCUGCGCUUACGUUCUUAUCUUUGUCUCUCUAGAGAGAGAGAAGAGAGAGAGAGAGAGAGACAUGGAGGCUGUUCUUCAGACCAGAGGGCUUCUCUCCCUUCCUACAAACCCCAGGAACAGGCUCCUACAAACACCCCAGAACUUAAAGCAUCGAUUUUUCACUCCGAAGCCCAAAAUCAUUGGUGGGUUUUCUCCCCUCACAGCUACACCAAUCCCAAAACAACUCAAUGGAUUUGCCUUAAAAGCCAACACCUUUGGCCAAAAGGGCAAGAAUUUGUUCGUAUGCAGGGCGGAAGCUGCAGCUUCAGCUGAUGGGCAGCCACUGUUUGCUGAAAGUACUGAAUCAGAGAACAAGCCAAAGAUUUUGGGUGUUGAAGUUGCCACCUUGAAGAAGAUUAUACCAUUGGGGAUGAUGUUCUUUUGCAUCCUUUUCAAUUACACAAUCCUCAGGGACACGAAGGAUGUUCUUGUUGUCACUGCUAGAGGUAGCAGUGCAGAGAUUAUACCCUUUCUGAAGACAUGGGUGAACCUUCCCAUGGCCGUUGGAUUCAUGUUGCUGUAUACUAAAUUGGCUAAUGUUUUGUCAAAACAAGCACUCUUUUAUUCUGUUAUUCUUCCAUUUAUUGCAUUCUUUGGUGCCUUUGGUUUUGUCCUGUACCCUCUCAGCAACUACAUCCACCCUGAGGCAUUUGCGGACAAGCUUCUCAACAUCCUUGGACCAAGGUUUCUUGGCCCCCUUGCAAUUAUGAGAAUAUGGAGUUUCUGUUUGUUCUAUGUCAUGGCUGAAUUGUGGGGGAGUGUGGUCAUUUCCGUGCUCUUUUGGGGUUUUGCCAAUCAGAUAACUACAGUUGACGAAGCGAAACGAUUCUAUCCACUAUUUGGGCUAGGGGCCAAUGUAGCUCUCGUUUUCUCUGGCCGGACAGUGAAAUACUUCUCUAAUCUGAGGCAAAAUUUAGGUCCUGGAGUUGAUGGUUGGGCCAUCUCUCUAAAAGCAAUGAUGAGCAUAGUUGUUGGUAUGGGAUUUGCUAUCUGCUUCUUGUAUUGGUGGGUGAAUAACUAUGUUCCUCUUCCUGAACGGAGCAAGAAGAAGAAGGAAAAGCCAAAAAUGGGAACAAUGGAGAGCAUAAAAUUCUUGGUGUCUUCGAAAUACAUAAGAGAUCUUGCCACUUUGGUGGUUGCAUACGGAAUUAGCAUUAACCUUGUUGAGGUUACAUGGAAAUCAAAGCUCAAAGCUCAGUUUCCUAGCCCGAACGAGUACUCAUCAUUUAUGGGUGACUUCUCAACCGCAACUGGAAUUGCCACAUUCACAAUGAUGCUUGUGAGCCAAUUUAUAUUUGACAGGUACGGAUGGGGAGUUGCUGCCAAGAUCACCCCUACUGUCCUGCUUUUGACAGGAGUUGCCUUCUUCUCUCUUAUUUUAUUCGGAGGCCCGGUUGCACCUGUUAUUGCGAAGUUUGGAAUGACUCCACUGCUAGCUGCUGUAUACGUCGGUGCAUUGCAAAACAUAUUCAGCAAGAGUGCUAAGUACAGUUUAUUCGAUCCAUGCAAAGAAAUGGCCUACAUUCCAUUGGAUGAGGAUACCAAGGUCAAAGGAAAGGCAGCCAUUGAUGUUGUUUGCAACCCCUUGGGGAAGUCCGGAGGCGCUCUUAUUCAGCAGUUUAUGAUAUUGAGUUUUGGCUCGUUGGCGAAUUCAACCCCAUACCUUGGAGGAGUGCUUCUGGUGAUUGUUCUUGCAUGGUUAGCAGCAGCCAAAUCCUUGGACACCCAAUUCACUGCCCUGCGCCGAGAAGAAGAGCUCGAGAAAGAGAUGGAAAGAGCAGCUGCGGUUAAGAUACCAGUGGUGGCCGACAAUGAGGGUGGGAAUGGCUCUCUUCCAAGCAUUUCGCCAUUGAAUCCGGUUGGUGGUGGUGACACCUCAAGCAGUCCUUCAACCCCUCGCAGCCUUUAAACCAAUGCAGUGCUUCUUUCUGUUGAAUUGCAAGCAGAAAGAAUAAGAAGUAGAACCCUUGAGAAAGUGUUAAGGGGAAAACUACUUGUUGUAGGCUAUUUAAUUGCCUAUACAAUAAGUUAGCUUGUCACUUUUAUUCAAGUCCCAUUAAAUUUUUUGGUUCCCAUAGGCAAGUGGGGUUGUUCUCUUUUAUGAUUUUAGUUUUACCAAGCCUUUCUACUUUAUAGAAUCCGACUUUAUUUUUGUGUUAAAAGAAAAAUGAAAGAAUGAAUUUGUUUGCAAGUCUA